AGUGCCAUCUAACUGAAAACAAUUUUCAGUGCAAACUCAUGAUGCUUUGUAAUUGCACUAUAAGUACACUUUCUACACCUAAAAUGAAAUAAAUAUAUAAUAACGGUUGGAGAGAAAAAGAGAGGAGAGAGAAAAAGUACAAUUGCAGCAGUCUAUGUAUUAUCAUGCUAUCGUAUACAUUCUUUGAGGAAUUUCGCGUUUGAUAAGAAAUCAAAUAAUUCUUAUUGCAUUGAUUUUAAAACGGGACUAUUUUCGGUGCUACACGUGAGUCCAAGAUGAAUCCCACAGAGCCAAGCGGCACCGAGACUCUCAGGUACAAUGAGUUCACAUUGGACGAUACUGCAACAAGCUCUAAGAUGAAGGAUGUGAUCGACGUCCUCGCGAUGCAACGUGAAAAGAGAAAUGCGUUACAGAAAAGUAUUACAAUUGAUUAUACGAAGUCCAGCGAUAGUUUUACAGUUUCACGAUUCAUCUUUGAAUGCGGCUUAAAAUUAGAAGCUCAUCCAUUGACAAUAGCUACUGCUGCUAUAUUAUAUCAUAGAUUUAUGAAAGAAGCGGCACCACAGGGAUAUGAUAAUUAUCUAAUAGCUGCAACCUGUCUUUAUUUGGCUGGUAAAGUAAAGGAUGAUGCAUUGAAAAUAAGAGACGUAAUGAACGUAUCAUACAAUACACUUCACAGAGGAUCUCAACCUUUGGAUCUUGGAGAUCAAUAUUGGAGUAUGAGAGAUGCAAUUGUUCAAGCUGAACUUUUGAUCAUGAGAAUGCUUAAGUUUCAGGUUACACCUGUGCAUGCACACAAAUAUAUGCUUCAUUAUCUGCGGUCUCUACAAGCUUGGUUUGGUGAAGAAGAAUGGUCCAAGUAUCCGGUUGCCAAAACUAGCAUGGCAUUGUUACAAGAUUUUCAUCAUUCUCCAGCUAUUCUUGACUUCCCACCUAAUUUAAUAGCAAUAGCAUGUAUUAAUUUGGCGCUGCAAAUUUAUGGUGUAGUUGUACCUUUGAUGGAUGAAUGCGAUCAACAGCCAUGGUUUAAUGUUUUUUGCAAAGAUUUAGCAAGAGAGAAGCUAUGGGAAAUUAUGGAGAAAGUUAUGGCAGCUUACGAUGAAGAACCUGAAACCAGAGACAAUUGAGUAGCGUGUAUAUGUGUUUAUUGCAUAAUAAAGUAUUCCUUUCAUAUUGAAAGCUAUUACAAUUGCAUUAUGGAAGUUCACUGGCACAAAAUUUGUAAUUGGCACAAACCUAUUUUGGAUUAUGUAUUCCUUGUGUUCUUUAUAAUAUUUUAUGAAUUAUAAUGAUGUGAGACUUACUACAUA